AUGCAACUCACACUUCUCUCCCUCUCUUUUGCAACUUUGCUCGGCUCGGUCAGCGCCAACUCCUACCCAAUCAAUGGAGAUGGUGUCAACUGCCGCUCUGGACCUGGUACCGGCUAUGCCGUCCAGAGAUCCUACAACAAGGGCAACAUGGUAACUCUCACCUGCCAGACAAAUGGUGAGAGUGUCAAUGGUGAUAGUCUCUGGGACAAGACUACCGAUGGCUGCUACGUAGCCGACUGGUAUGUCCAGACUAACACCGGCAACAUGGUUGUUGGCAGCUGCAAUGGCGGCGGUGGCGGUGCUACUUACCCCAUCAAUGACAACGGCGUCAACUGCCGAUCCGGCCCUGGAACUGGCUACGCCGUUCAGCGGUCUUACAACAAGGGUAACAUGGUGACCCUCACCUGCCAGACGAACGGAGAGAGCAUCAAUGGUGAUAGCCUCUGGGACAAGACCACUGACGGCUGCUAUGUAGCUGAUUGGUACGUCCAGACUAACACGGGUAACAUGGUUGUUGGCGCCUGUGAUGGUGGUGGUGGUGGUGGUGGCGGCGGCGCCGUUGGAAGCCCGAUCAAGCGCAGCGAUGUCAUUGCCCGCGCCCGCUUCUGGACCAACAAACACAUUCCUUACUCUCAAACCGCUACAUCGCCCGAUCCUCAGGGCCUGCGCUACCGAACAGACUGUUCUGGCUUUGUGUGCAUGGCUCUCCACGCCUCCGCCCCAGGCCUCAACACCGUCUCGCUGCCGUCCAUCUCUCAUCGCAUCAACUGGGCCGAUCUCCAGCCAGGUGAUCUUGUCGGUACCCUUGGUCCUGGCACUGGCGGCGAUGCUGGCCAUGUCACCCUAUUCCUUGAGUGGGUUGAUGGCUCUCACAACUCAUACCGAUCGCUUGAGUGCAAUGGCUCCGAUGGCUGCGUUCAGAUGGUUGAACGCGUUGGUUGGACUGACGGCCCAUUUACCGCUCAGCCUUACCGCUACAACAACAUUCGGGACUAAACAAGCGAAGUUUUAUUUUAGUCCGCGUGUAGACAGAUGUUUAGAAUAAUUUUUAUAUUACCAGCGAAAAAUGUAUAUUUUUGGAAGAUAGAUAAAGUUCAUUUAUUACAUUUGCGUUCUUUCCUGUUGUAAGCUGUGUGAUGAUGGAACAGAGCCUUACAAUUGAUGAACAAAACCAAAAUGACCAGCCUCUUUAGUAACAAUUUAUAUAUAGCUAGAGUUUAAAUACAAUUGCAAUAGACG